AUGCACCCAGAAGUCGAGCUCAAGAUAUUGUCCGAGGCAGAGGCAGUGCUGGGGCCCCCAACUGUUAUCUCAUCUCCUGCUGGCCCCACGGGCAGCAGCCGUGAGGAUAUGGCGGCCGGCGAGGGCGGUGGCGGCAACGGGGGCAGCGGCGGGGCGGCGGCGGCUCCGCAGUCGUAUGAGCGGCUGCAGGCACUCAGGUACGCGCGGGCCGUCUUCCUGGAGGGCCUGCGGCUGCACCCCUCAGUGCCGCAGGACGUCAAGUUUGCUGUGAGCUCCGAUGUGCUGCCCUGCGGCACGCGCGUGCCGGCCGGCGCCAUGGUCCUGUACAGCGCCUACGCCAUAAACCGCAUGCAGGAGUUCUGGGGCCCAGACGCAGACAAGUUCAGGUGA